UCUCAUUCACCGUCUUUGCAAAUUCGUUAGAGGGUCAACAACAUAAAAAUACUCAAAACAGUGAAUUAAAAACAAUAAGAAUUAUUAAAUAAAUAAAAAAUGGAUAUUGUGCAGUCGCAGAUAAAAGAAGAACUCUUAGAAAUAGAAUUGCGAUGCAUAAAUUGCGGUAGUAUGUUUGAGGAUGCAGCGCAAGUGGAGAAACACAGAGAAAUUUGUCACAUAACUCCCUAUUCCUGCAAAACCUGCCUCAAGGAGGAAGCAUCCCUGCAGGGAUUUGAAUCUCAUCUCCAGCACCAUGGAGGAAUUAAAUUAUUCAAAUGUAUUAUAUGUCAGGAAAUGUUUACAUUUCUCUGGGAACUCAACAUGCACCUCCCCAUACAUCUGCCCGACGAGAAGGAGCAGCAGGAUUUUCACGAGGGAUUUUCUGAUUGUGAAAAUUCUCUUCCUCUGCCUGACGAGAAAGAGGAUGAAAAGGAUGAGAAGAUUAAGGAAGAGGAUUAUGUGCAUACAUCGCAUGAUUUCAAUGAUGCUUCAGAUGCAAUUGAUGAGGAAAAACUAUUCUCAAAAGAAAAGAAAUUAAAGAAGAAAACGACACAGAAUACAGAAAUUCAGAUGACUAAAAGGAAGCGAGGAAGACCACAGAAGAUUAAGAAGGACGCAGCAGAUGUGAAGGAGAAGAGAUUUCACUGCCCACACUGUCUUCAUUCAUCCAAAACUUUUUCCAACUUGAAGAAGCAUAUCAGGACACACAGUGGCACCAAACCCUUUGAAUGUGCUCUCUGUGGGAAUUGCUAUUCCGACAAAUACGCCCUCAGGGAUCAUCUACUCAUGAAGCAUGUCCAGAUGAAGCACCUUAGUGAGGUGUGCUCGUACUGCGGGAAGGGUUUCAGGCUGCGAAAGGGAUUGCGGGUGCACAUUCGGACGCAGCAUACAUCAAAAGAGCAAUACUCAUGCUUUGUUUGUGGCAAAAUCUAUGCUUCAAAGAACAGCGUUGAUCUCCACAUCCGUACACACAGUAUCCAGCCUGGUGGUCAUUCAUGCCCAAAAUGCGGGAAGAAUUUCGCACGGCGAGAUUUGAUGUUGCAGCACCAUCGACACAUUCAUGUUGCACCCAAAAAGUUCCAAUGCACCUGGGAAUCCUGCACGUUCCAAUCCGUAACUCUCGGGGCUUUUGUGCUUCACCAACGGAAGCACACGGGCGAGAAGCCAUUCCAAUGUGGGGUCUGCAAUAAGUGUUUCAAGAGCAAAAUGGCCGUAUCCUUGCACACAAUCAACAUGCACAAGCCAGCAACCAUUCAAUGUGGAUUCUGUGAAAAGAUCUUCAAGCUGCCCAGUGCCCUACGCAACCACGUGCGUAGGAUUCAUCAGGAAAGAACCCUCCCAUGCCCAUAUUGUGACAAAAAGUACGGCUUUAAAGCUGACCUAACGCGACACGUGAGGAAUAGUCAUUCACUGAAGAGCAUCUAAAGAACGGCAGGUUCGCUUCAGAGUAAAAUACAAAAAAUUGAAUUUUCAAUGAAACAAA